UGUCUCUCUGCUUUUUAUUUAGCCAGCUACCAAGUUGCGACAUUUCACUUCACGCCGCUUCAUCGUUUUGUUUCCCCGCAUAAUAUUUUGGGAUAAAUGCACGACGUAUCGUUUUUUAAACUGUUAUCAUAUAUGUAAGUGAUUCGAUUUUUCCAGCACUAUUAACAUUCGCUCUAAGUAUGGCGUAUUCAGAAUUGGUAAAAUAAUUAUCUUAUCGUGACAUGAACAUUUAUUUAGCAUGCUGUAAUAAGUAAGAAGACAACGUGUUGAAGACAGGAUUAGGCUAUUUAUCAGACCUACCGAGCGUGCACAGACAGGUUUUUACGGAAAGGGCAGCCACAUGAAGAGGUCAAUGAAGAGGAUGACGAAGACGGAAGGAUAAACGACAAGAGACAGCCAGGAAGGAAGAAACGUGGAGAAGGAGGGAUGAGAAAGAGACUAAAAUAAGAGGAGGAAGUGGAACUCCAAAGUGCCUAAGAAGACUGUGAGUGGGUGCCUGACAUUCUGGUUCGGUCCAGUGCUGUUAGUGCUGUGGGAGUUUGGCUGGCUGGUGGCCUGCUGCCGCUGUGUACUGCUGCUGUCUGCAUAGGACAGGCUCCUGGCCCUGCUAGGUGAGAGUAGAGCAAAGCACAGCACUGUGUGUGUGUUUAUUUGUGUGUGUUUGGCCUUGAAUGAGGCUAUAUGUGACCCUGACAGCCAGAGAGUCAUCCGUCCUGCUGCUGAUCUGCAAUCCGCCCACCUCCCCCCAGCGCCACCUCCCCUCAGCCUCCACCUCCCCAAAUUCUACACCUCCCCCCGGCCUCCACCUCAUCAUCAAUACAAGGACACUGGUCGAUAAGCUUCUGCUUUUUUAUCUUUCCCUUUUUCUAAACAGCCUGACCAGCCAUACUAAACGCGACAGAAGCCGUGGCACAGUUCUGGAUAUUUGGGGUGGUUUUGGGGUUUCUGUCUGAAGAAUGGAGUGACCAGCGUGAGCAAGACAGAGACACACAGACUGACGGACAUAAGAAGAGGAAGCUGUCAUUGGAAGGCCUCUCUCUAGGACAAUGCCUGUCUGAACUACAUAUCUCAGCAUGACAGAGUGAGGUGCCCCAAUUUCCUAUUUUUUCGAUGACACAGAGCUGGCCUCUGCUCACCUCUAUCUCUGAGAACUCAUCCCAUCGUCAGUGGAUCAGGGAUCUGCACCUUACCCAAGAAAACCCACUACUCCAGCCUCCAUAUCCAGAAACUCAAAGUAAUUUCAAAGGACCAGCUUAUUCAUUGUAUCCAGUAUAACUAAGUAUUUUUUUAAAUUUCACACACUCAUCUCCUCUUGUCUUGUCAAGGAGUUUCCAAUUUAUUUUCGUCUGCAUCAGUGCUUUUUGUUUGUGCACUAAGUCCCGAUUGUGUCCAACCCUAGACCCUACUCCCUUAUCCACUUGCCCCCUCCUGUCCUGAGGGGCUGUAAUGGCAGUCAACAUGGGAAGUAUGGCCAUGGGCCGGGACACUAAGUGGUUGACCCUAGAGGUGUGUCGAGAGUUUCAGAGGGGUACCUGCUCUCGCUCGGACGCUGAGUGUAAGUUCGCCCACCCAGCCAGGAGCUGCCACGUGGACAAUGGCCGAGUCAUCGCCUGCUUCGACUCACUCAAGGGACGCUGCACGCGUGACAAUUGUAAGUACCUGCACCCCCCUCCCCACCUCAAGACCCAGCUGGAGAUCAACGGGAGAAACAACCUGAUCCAGCAGAAGACAGCAGCGGCCAUGUUGGCCCAACAGAUGCAGUUCAUGCUGCCAGGAGCCCAGUUGCAGCCCAUAGUGAAUAGCCCACACUACACAACUACGUUCCCUAUGACUCCCAGUAUGUCGUCCCUGGCCACCAGUCCCAGUAUGGCGUUCAGCCCGUAUCUGAGCCACAUGGGUCCAGGGAUGGGCCUGAUGCCUGAGCUGCUACACCAGGCCCCCCUGCUGGUCCCAGGGAGCCCCACCGGCCUCCAGGUCAUGGGCAACAGCAGCUCCCAGCAGAAACACAUGCGGACAGACAAGCUGGAGGUAUGUCGUGAGUUCCAGAGGGGUAACUGCACGCGGGGCGAGGGCGACUGCCGCUACGCCCACCCUAUGGAGGCAGCCAUGGUGGACGGCAGUGAAAACUCAGUCAUCGUCUGUAUGGACUACAUCAAGGGCCGCUGCUCCAGGGACAAGUGCAAGUACUUCCACCCCCCUGCCCACCUGCAGGCAAGGAUUAAGGCCGCCCAGCACCAGGCCAGCCAAACCGCCAACGCCAUGGCCCUGCCCCAUGGGGCAAUGCAACAGCUACCAAAGAGGCCCACCUUAGAGAAGAGUAACGGGGGUGGUGCUGUGUUCAACCCCAGCAUGUUCCACUAUCAGCAGGCCCUGGCUAACAUGCAGCUGCAGCAGCCAGCCUUUAUCCACCCUGGGCUUAUGAAAGGGCCGGCCCCGCUGGCAGUGGAUGGCCGUUGGGAGAGGCGGGACUGGAGCAGCUGCAGGCACCCCCACAGCCGCCUCUUGUCAGCGCCUGGAUUCACUGUACCCAUGAUGCACGGUGCCACCACCUCCACUGUUUCGUCGGCCUCGACCCCAGUCACCAAUGUUCCUUUCGCAGAAUCAGCCGCCUCCAAUCAGUAGACCCUUCAGAGGUUCUGAGUGCCGACCCAGUGGACCUUCAGUGCGUCCCCAUUGAAGCCCACUUCUGCCCUCUCCCCAAACUCCUGAUGGCUGCUCCGGUGGCGCUGAACCCAGUAACCCUCCCGUGAAACCCCAGUUAAAGCACCCGACAACACCAUCAAACCCUUAGUCAUCCCCAACCAACCCUGCCCCAAAAAUACCACAGUCAACUAUUUGAAUGCAACAAACAUGUGCCUAACCUACAGUGCACCCCAAGUGAGAGGUAGUGUUAUCCUCAUUUAGGAGGUAUUCACAUAAUAAAAAAGUUGACAAGGUUUUAUUGACAUUUAUCACAGGCAAUACUAAAGCAUGGACCCAUUACUGUUGAUGUAAAGCCAGCCCAGACUGAUGCACAUUGACUUGAAGGAGCUGACUGAAGGAGAGGCUCCCCAGUUCUUACAGCCAUACACACCCACACCUUUAACACACAAACACACAUACACACCUAAAACAGCAAAUCCUCUUGGAGACUAAGCUGAGGAUAUGAGUCGUAAGGUCGUAUAAUCUUACACAGCUGACUGUUCCCCCAAAGUCAGACAGUCUGGAAAGAAAAUGAGUGAAAAGUCAGACAAGAAGAAAGAAGUAGUCUGCAGAGGUUGGAUCAUUCUAGAAGUAGUCUGCAGAGGUUGGAUCAUUUUAGAAGUAGUCUGCAGAGGUUGGAUCAUUUUAGAAGUAGUCUGCAGAGGUUAGAUCCUGUAGAUCAUUCUAGAAUGCAAUGUCGUUUUCUUCAUCUUUUCUUUUUCACUUCAAAGAAAUGUGUUGCGGCUCAUUUAAUGUUUACAGUACGUUUCAAGAUGGCUGAAGCUUAAAAGCAGUGUGUUAUUAUGUGAGCCAUUCCCUUAGUUCAGAGAGGCUAAGCUCCUAUGGUCCAAUUCAAAAAUCUCACCCAAGGUCUCAUAUCUGAUGUUUCUCCAUGUUCAUUUGUCUGUGCCUUUUGAGUUCCCAGCUAUGUAGGAGAUUUGAUGUCUUAUCCCAAAACAACUGAAGUCAAUGACUUAAAACCCAAAUAGCCUUGAUCUCAGACAAAGUAUAGAGAAGUGUUUCUAUUGACACACAAGUCUAUAGCUCCUUCUGUGUAUAUAUUGCCCGUCGAAAGGUCUCUGUUCAGGAGGACUAGGUCCUGUGACAAGCUCUCUUCAUGAAAUGAUUUUUGGGUCGUUACACGAAUAGAGUGCCUUUCAAUUGAACUGUUAGAUCACGUACAUCGAUGCUCUAACUAGUCUCGUUAAUCCCAGACCUAGGGCAACAGCACUGGGAAUCAUGAAAAAGGAAAUUGUCCUCUUCAGACAGACCAAUCACAAGUUUGGGUAGGCGGGGCUUAGAAUGCAGGUAGGAAUUGUGAAAAACUCUUUCCAUGGCCUGUACAGCCAGACAUGCCAGAACUUCGCAAUUUGAAACCAAAGUUUGCAGGCAAAACCUUUGCAGUGGUUUUAGUGAAGGUAGUUGAUGCAAACUAACCACUUGUGAAAUACACUCAUUAAAAUAACCUCUGUGAGCUCCAACUUGUUAGCUACUAUUUUGGGCAACAAGCGAAUAAGGCAGUGACGUAAGAAAGAAGGAUAUCCCAACUCCACCUUUUACUCUAUGUCAAAUUGACGUUGUCUUAGUACAGACAUGUAUGCUGGAACAUUAGUGCGUUGUGGGAGGCGACCCAUCUGUCUAGAGAGACUAUGCUCUAACUUAACAAAACAAUUUUCAUUCAAAUAAGUUAUUUGUUUUCUCUGAAAAUCCACAUUUUGCCAUGUCCCAUGUCUUGUUUGUCCAACUUCUAGGAAGAUUUUAACUCCCUUAACCCCACCUUUUUCAGAUGUUUUCACUGUCAUUUCUGAAGAUGUUUUACUUAUUUAAUGUGAUUCCCCCUCUGACAUUAUUGAACGUCAUUGCACGCAUGAUAGAACAGCAAUGUACUGCUAUUCUUUUUACCACGGUGCUGGAUGUUACUCUCCUCCGUUUAAUCAACAAAACAAAAACAAUAUCCCCUUUGCUCGGGCCGAAGAAUGGCGCUGUUAUUCCAUUAUGCGGAUUUCAACUUUAAACCUCUUGAGAUGGGAAAACAUGUUUGUUAUGAAUUUUAACAUGUGCGCCUCAUGACAGAAUGUUACAAUUAAGUGAAAUCGUUAUUUUUGACAAAAUUACACUACCCAAAAGGUAAUCUAUUCGUGGAAGGACACAUUAUUGAAACCAAAAAUGAAAUUCAAUGGCGAAAUCUGAAAUAAUACAUUAUUUCUUGAACUUUCUGGAACCACUGCAGAGGCUGCAUAAGGGGAGUUGCUUUGCUUGUCUGAAAGGUCUAGCAUGCUUACCUGUGUGCCAAUGAUUCUAUAAUGGAUGUUUGUCUGUGCCAAUCAUUGGUGUAUACUGUAUCCUGAAUAGAAUUCCCUUACUGUUGUCAGAUUGAUAUCUGAGUGGAUGUUUCCCCUUCAAUGAGCCGUCCCUUUCUCUGUCAGACGUCAACUGAUAUUUGCAGAUCAUUUUUUGGGUCAAUCUCCUGCAUUCAUAGUAGUAUGUUUGAGUAAGUGGUAUACAUUUUUCUAUAUGUUGUGUUAAGAAUAUUUUAAUGGAAUGGAUUUGACAAAAAAAUGUGGUUCUGCAGGGAGUAUAUUGAGUAAGCUUGAAAUUGUUCCGUCUGUAAAACAUGUAUUUGAUCAUAGUCACUGUGUCCUUACUUUCAAUCAUCAGCAGACUUUAAAUGCUACAAAUAUAGUGACCUGGUGGGACAGUACCGACCUAAGUAGAGGAAAUAGAAGGAGAUAGUGAGAGACUGAAAGAGAAACAGAUCAGUUCUAGAGUCAAGUAUUUGGUCUUAAAAUGGUAACCAGAAUUAUUACAAAAUGGAGCAGAAUUGCUAUGAAAAUGGAGAGAGACAAUACAUUAGCUGAUAUGUUUAGGUGAGUUGUAAUGUGCCUCUCUCACUCGUUUUCAAGUCUUCUGAAACCAACCACUGUCCAUACACUGUAAUAACUGACUUUUCAGUCUUUUCAAAACAGAUGACACGUUGACUAGCACUGCCUGUCUGGCGCCAUUGAUCUGUCGUGUCUCUGUAGUUUCUUCUUUGAAACAGUUGUGCUGUCUCAUCUUUUGAUGAGAUAAAAAAAGUAAUCAGCCUGAGUGGGUGGCGUGUUUAAAUGUUUUAAUUAAUGACUAGACACUGAAUCACUGAGUUGGACAUGUGGAAAUGUUGAGACGUUUUCCACAUCUUGGGGGAAAUGGAUAUUGACAGGAAGCUAUUCAUGUUUAAGUCAUGUCAUUUACGUGGUGAAUGUAUCUAAUAGUGCAAAAAGUCGAGCGGCAUGUUGAAAUGUAAUGAUUCACUAUAUAGGCUAUUUCUAUAGAGGUCAAAUGCAAACCACGUUAAGACAACAUACUGUGUUAAGAAAUGUUUUAAGUAUGUGUGUGUAUUGUUAUAUAGGUUCAUGUUUAAAUGUUUGUGAGUGUGAUGAGUACUUUCAGAAAUAUCUUUGGACAAGUGUGGUCCCUGCAUUUUCCCCCUUUCUUUGAAGCAUUCAGAUGCAUAUUAGAAAUGGUCCUCUCUUAAUCAAUGAAAUUGAUAUUAGAAUGUCUAGACAUAUUAAUUUUGUCUAAAUUGUAUAGCUUUGAAGGACUUGCGUUGCCCAGCCAAGAUGAAAAUCUAUCUUCUCUCUCUCCCCCCCCUCUCUAUGUCACAUCAUUAUGCCUUCUCCAACUGCUAUCCAGCUGGAAAUAACAAAAUACUUGAUUUAAGAAAAAUAAAAUGUGCCUCGUGGGGGGGGCGUUAGCAUUUUAAGUAAACUUACAUGUUUAAGAGGUGUGUUUUCCUCGUACAAGAACAUAGUUAGCUAGAGUAAUUGUAGUGUUGUUAGUACAAAUAUAUUAUUCUUUCUUUCUUCAUUCUUUACCAUUAUGUUCCAAAGUUUCUCCCUCUCUUAAUGGUACUUGAUCGAAUUUCCGUCACAUUUUUUGUCUUAAUUCCUAAAUCACAAUAUCAAAGAUGUGACUAUUUAUGGACAGAACUGUUAGUGGUAUUUUCACCCAUUUAGAUUUGUUUUUAUUGUUUAUUCGACAAAAAAAGUCAUAGCAUGAAAAUAAGAUAAUCUUCAUUGAUACUUAAUUAAUAGUUUGUGUAGUUUCCAUUUAAGAAAAACUAAAAAUAGAAAUUAUAUAAAAAAAUAUAUACAUUUGUAUCUAUACAAUGAUAGAUUCAUUGUUACUUAUUAAUAGUACGUUGUUGUUGUUGUUGCUGUGGCAACAGAACGACAACAUGGCUACCUUUGUCAAUCUUAAUUGUGAAUUUUUUCACAUAUGAAUUUAAAUAAUGUACAACAUUAACUUAUUCAGAAAGGGAAUGUCUAGUUAAAUUGUCUUGGAUUGCAAGAUGAUUGAAUAUUUUGUAAGAAAAAGUCAAGUUAAAUCCUUAAUGUCCAAAGGUCCUCUGGGGAGAUCAGGUGUUUUGUUUGUUUAUCUUUUGGGUUUGAUUCGUUUUUAUUUCUGUAUUUUGUUUUUUUGGAGAGUAAGAACGCAUCUCAGCUUUUAAAGUGAUCACCUUAAAUACCAGGAGGGUAAAGAGACUUUGGGACUGGAUACAAGAUUUAAAUAAUUCUGCUAAAUUGAGUCAUUAUCGACUUAUGACCUGAUUUGAUUUUCUGUUUUUGAUCACCACAUUACAUUGGAGUUGAACUGGCCCAUACAUGCUGUACAGGAUUUGCUAUGCGUCGUCUCUAUGCAUUGUAUUGCCAACAAUUUUCACCUAGGCUCAUAGGCUUAUACUAUAGGCCUUCUGUCCACCUGGACAGGGAGUGCUGAUGUCACCGAGCUCUUUGAUUGGUCCUCAGUAUGAAGUCUCUUUCCCCCUGUGGCCUGCCCAGCUGUGCUGGGAGAUGUUGAUGCUCGCUGGAGCUUUAGGGGAUUCAACCGGUGUACGAAUGUGUGAUAUUCACCUCGUUUGCACUUAUGUACAUAAGUAAGUCAAAAUAUUCUGAAUUUAUUUUGAAUAAAUAUAGAGAAAAGAACUGAUAAAAAAAUCUAAUUUACUGUAUUGUUAAGAAAUACAGAUAAACAAUUAUCAUUUUAAUGCAGUGUAACAAAAGAGAGUUGUUUUUGAGGGAUGUGUCUUUGGUUUUGUUUUAUAUGUGCCCUGCUCCUAUCAAAACAUAAUGGUGCCUCUGUUAAGAGAAAACAGAAUGUGUCAAAAAGAAGCUUUGUAGUUUGCCAUAUUUUAUAGAAGCACAUUUAGAAGUCCAGCUAUGUCUGAUCCUGAACCAGUUUAGUUAUAUAUAUAUAUAUAUAUAUAUA